AUGUCGGAAACCUCUGCCUCUGACAGCACGGAGACUCCAACUUCGGAGAGCGCGGAGCCCAGUGCUCUGAGCGGACUGACGCGCUACCAGACCUACAAGCGGCGAUGGUUCUUCCUGGGGGUCGUCUCCUUGCUCAACUGUUCCAAUGCUAUGCUUUGGCUGAGUUUUGCCCCAGUUGCUGACAAAAUUUCUGACUACUACCAUCUCUCCAUGAUGGAGAUUAACUGGUUGUCACUCAUCUACCUGGUGAUUUCCAUCCCCUUUGGCAUAAUCGCUACAUGGAUCCUGGAUUCUUUUGGACUCCGGUGUUCGACGAUCCUGUGUGCCUGGUUGAAUGCCAUUGGGAGCAUCAUCCGAGUGAUGCCUUGCAUGUUAUUUUUGGGAAAUUAUCAUUUCAUAUUUUUUAUGAUUGGCCAGAGCUUCUGUGCUGUGGCCCAGGUCUUGGUCAUCUUCUCUCCCGCCAAGCUUGCGGCUUUGUGGUUCCCAGAACACCAACGAGCUACUGCCAACAUGAUCGCAACCAUGUCAAACCCUCUGGGCGUCCUCCUGGCUAAUGUGGGGUCUCCUGCAAUUGUGAAAAAGGAGGAAGAUAUUCCAUUAAUGCUUGGAUUCUACAUUAUCCCUGCUGGUCUUGCCUGCCUCCUCGCCACUGCCUGCAUUUGGGAAAGCGUCCCUCCAACUCCUCCAUCCAUGGGAGCCGUCAACUCCACCUCGGAGCCUUUUCUGUCAGGAAUGUGGAUGCUCCUUCAGAACAAGGCAUACAUCAUCCUGGCCCUGUGCUUUGGAGGCGGCAUUGGUGUUUUCACAGCUUUCUCUGCCCUGCUGGAACAGAUCCUCUGUGUGAAAGGUUAUUCCAAUGAAUUUUCUGGCCUCUGCGGUGCCCUGUUCAUUAUAUUUGGGAUUGUUGGUGCUUUGGUUCUUGGCCUCUACGUGGACAGGACUAAACAGUUCACUGAAGCCACCAAAGUUGGAUUUUGUCUGACCACAUUAGCCUCUAUUGCUUUCGCCGUGGUAUCUCAGUUCCAGAACCAGAUGGUGUUGGUAGCUGUGGUUUCCUCUCUGUUUGGAUUCUUUGGUUUUUCCAUUUGCCCAAUUUUCUUUGAGUUAGCGGUUGAAUGUUCCUAUCCAGUGGGAGAAGCCACUUCCACAGGUUUGGUCUUUGUGAUAGGACAAAUUGAGGGUGUCAUCAUCAUGGUCCUGGUACAAGCCCUGACCAUACAGCGCAGUGGUCCUAGCCCCUCCACAUGCCAGCUGCAGGCAGACACCACUCUGGACUGGACAAACUCUGUGUUGUUGCUGGCUGGGCUAACCUGUAUCUACAGCUGCAUCUUCGUUGUUUUCUUCUACACACCAUAUAAGCGGCUUCUGGCAGAAGGCAACCCUACCUACAGGACCCACCAGACAGGAAAGGAUGAGGAAGAUGGGUCUUCAGCCAGUGUCCCAGACACGUUUCAGUCUUAGCUUCCUGCUACUUCCCAGCACUUAGACCAGACUUCUCAAAAACAACUGAAAAAAUUUGGGUGGAAAACAUUUUCUGAAAACUUUUAUUGCUUUCUUCUUUUUUCCUACCCCAGUGGUAUUCCCUGACAAGAGAGAUGCCAAGCUGGGCAUAUGUUGCUAAAGGGAUGAUGCUCUGUUUGAUACAACUAAAGCAGCUUUUGGAGAAUGUUAUCUAUACAAAAGAUAACAUUCUCUUUUAUGUGGAGGGACCCUCUAUGCCGAGCAUUAGGGAAAGACCUCACAUUGGCAGUGAGGAUUAGGGGAUCAGACUUUUUUUAUUGGUUAAGGAGAGACUUCACACCAAGCAACUGGGGAAAGAGUUUAGGCCAUAUACCCAGGAGACACUCUGGACCAGGCAACAGGAGAAAAUUCAUACUGAAGACUCUUCAUAUUUGGUAACAAGGGGAAGGAUUUCAUAUGGGAGAUAGAGGUGGAGAGAGGAGAGAAAGGUGCAAGAGGGAUGGGAAGUGGGGAGAGAGAGAGAGAGAGAGAGAGUCUUCCAAGUAUUUUCUCAUAUGAUCCUUACAGAA